UCCUUGCGCUCGCUCUCUGCCCGAGCGUCUCCAGCCAGGAGAGUAGGCGGAGCAGGGCGGUGAGGGGUGGCGUAGCGCUGGAGGGCGAUGGUGGCGGAGCCGCUGGGGGCGGAGGCAACGUAGCCCCCGCAGAAAAGGAGUCCCGCCGCGCCUGAGCCGAGCGGAGGAUGGAGAACCGGCCUGGGUCCUUCCAGUACGUCCCUGUGCAGCUGCAAGGGGGGGCGCCCUGGGGCUUCACCCUUAAGGGGGGUCUGGAACAUUGCGAACCGCUCACGGUGUCUAAGAUUGAAGAUGGCGGCAAGGCAGCCUUGUCCCAGAAGAUGAGGACUGGUGAUGAGCUGGUGAAUAUCAAUGGCACUCCACUGUACGGCUCCCGCCAAGAGGCUCUCAUCCUCAUCAAAGGCUCCUUCCGUACCCUCAAGCUGAUUGUCAGGAGGAGAAACGCCCCUGUCAGUAGGCCGCACUCAUGGCAUGUGGCCAAGCUGCUGGAGGGAUGCCCUGAAGCAGCCACCACCAUGCAUUUCCCUUCUGAAGCCUUCAGCUUGUCCUGGCAUUCCGGCUGCAACACGAGUGACGUGUGUGUGCAGUGGUGUCCACUCUCCCGGCACUGCAGCACUGAGAAAAGCAGCUCCAUUGGCAGUAUGGAGAGCCUGGAGCAACCAGGCCAAGCCACCUAUGAGGGCCAUCUCUUGCCCAUUGACCAGAGCACAUACCCCAACCAGCGUGACUCAGCCUAUAGCUCCUUCUCAGCCAGCUCAAAUGCCUCUGACUGUGCCCUUUCCCUCAGGCCAGAGGAGCCAGCCUCUGUGGACUGUAUCGUGCAAGGCCCAGGGCCAACUAAAGCCCCUAAUGGUCGCCCUAAUGUGGUUGAGACCUCAGGAGGUGGCUGUCACACCAGUGGGGGUCACCUGACUGCUAGCUCCCAGAUGUCAUCCUGUCCACAGGAGGUCUCCCACUCAGAGCCUGCCAAGGCUGCCAGGGGUCCCCCUCAACCUCCAGUGAGGCGAGACAGUCUUCAGGCUUCCAGAGCCCAACUCUUCAAUGGAGAGCAGUGCAGGGCUUCUGAGCUUAUAGAUUCCUUGCAACAGAAGGAGAAACCUAGCUUGGACACCAUGCUAUCCCCAAGGAACCCUAAUAGGUUCUGCUGCCUCAGCGGGCAAGACCAAGUGACAAAUGAGGGCCAUCAGAUCUGUGAGCUCAGCCAACCUCCUGAAUCUAGCCAGAAGGGCUCUGAGCAUCUACUGAUGGAGGCCUCAGCCAAAGCUGUCGGAGUCCCAAAAGCAUAUGACAAAACUUCCAGCAAAGGUUCCAGCCCACUCAACCAGGCUUCAGCAGAGCUAGCUAAGACUUCUUCUUUUGGCAGCUCUCCACUCCUCACAGGACCCACAGGGCAUCGCCAUAGUGCCCCUGAACAGCUGCUAGUGUCCCACUUGCAGCGUGUGCACCUCGAUACUAGGGAUUGCAAGGGGACAGAGCUCCAAGCUGGGCAGGAUGGGCAGGAGUGGACUGUAUCCCCUUUGCACAUGCACAGUAGCCACACAAGCAAGAAAAGCCCAUGUGCCCCUGCAGGAGGAACCCAGGACCAGCCGAGCAAAGAGAGAAAGACCAAGCCAGUGGAUGAUAGACCUCUGGGUUCAGGUCAUCAGAGCCCAAGCUGUUCCCCACAUGGAGAGGCUGACGGACACCAUCCAGAAAGAGGUUUCCAGGCUCCAAACAGAGCAAGCAGAGCUGACAGUGAACUGGUCAGCCAGCAGUCCUCUGGCUCCCUUGCUCAACAAACUAGGGACUGUUCUCCAACCUCUAAAGUAGCUGGCAGCACAGAGGCAACUGAGGAAGGGGACAGUGAGCCCAAGGAGUGUGGCCGGGUGGGCAGUAAGCGAAAUGGAGGGUACCGGGGCCGCUCGAUCCAAAACCGGCGGAAGAGUGAACGUUUUGCUACCAAUCUACGUAAUGAAAUUCAGAGGAGGAAGGCCCAGCUCCAGAAAGGCAAAAGUCCCUUGUCACAGCUGUGUUACACCAAGGAGCCAGUGGAAGAGACCGAGGAAACCCUGGAGAGUCCUCCACUUCCUUCCUCUAACUCAGCCCUUCUAUCUUCAUAUAAAAAACCACCAAGCCCCAGAGACAAGCUCUUCAACAAGAGCAUGAUACUCAGGGCUAGGUCUUCAGAGUGCCUCAGUCAAGCCCCUGAGGGUCAAGAAUCUAGGAUUGGCUUGGAGGGACGAGUGAGUCCUGGCCAGAGAUCUGGCCAGUCCUCUUUGAGCCAAAACACCUGGUGGAAAGCAUCUGACCCAUCCUCGUCAGACUCUGAGAAAGUCAGCAUUCACCAUGGAGUCUGUGGAGGUCGCUGGAGAUGGUCACCAGAGCACAGCCUGCAGCCACAUGUGGCACUAGCCGUGGAAGGCCCUUCCAACCCAGGGGACAAGGAAGUGAAAGCAUCUACUGUCCAAGCUGGGGAGGAAGCCAUCCUCUUGCCCUUUGCAGACAGAAGAAAGUUCUUUGAAGAGAGUAGCAAAUCCUUAUCUAUGUCUCAUUUGCCAGGUUUAACCACUCAUAACAAGACUUUUACCCAGAGACCAAAACCUAUUGACCAAAGCUUUCAGCCAAUGAGCUCCAGCUAUAGAGAAUUGAGGCGCCAUCCCAUGGACCAAUCAUAUCACUCCACAGACCAAUCCUAUCAUGCCACAGACCAAUCAUAUCAUUCCAUAUCACCCCUUCAGUCAGAAACUCCCACUUACACAGAAUGUUUUGCAAGCAAAGGUCUAGAACAAUCCAUGUGCUGUAAGCCACUACACUGUGGUGAUUUUGAUUACCACAGGACAUGCUCUUACUCCUGCAAUGUCCAGGGAGCUGUAGUCCAUGACCCUUGCAUUUAUUGUUCUGGGGAAAUCUGUCCUGCUUUGCGAAAGAGAAAUAUGAUUCCAAACUGCUACAAUUGCCGGUGCCACCAUCACCAGUGCAUCCGGUGUUCAGCUUGCUGUCAUAAUCCCCAGCAUGGUACCCUCGAGGACAGCAGCUUGAAACCUGGCAACACUUGGAAACCCAGGAAGCCAACAGUGCAG